AGCUACACCAAGUCUAUAAAUAGAAGACCGGAAAACCCUAACCUCGCGCCCAACAAGAGAAACAUUGAGAACCUCUAGUCGAUCUGUCUGGUUAAGUUUCAGGCUAUGGCUGAGGUACAUUGCCGUGAAAUCCGAGGCAAGACUAUUGUUCGCUCGCCCAUGUGUCCGCCAGUUGUGGACCUGUGCUUUGAUGAUACUCUACUGGAGAGACUCAGUACAAACAAGACCAUUAAAGAUGGCGAGUGCCUCAUGUCAGCGUAUUGGGAGGACCCUAUUACCGAACACGCUGUCUGCUCAUCUAUCACGUUGGCACCCAAAAACCAUUCAGAAGACUUCGAACGGCACAUGAGUCUCCAUGUUGACACAGCCGAUGGUCACAUGUUUCAGUUCGUCAGUGCCAUGUUCCAGACAUUCAAUGCGAAGUUGAUUAACGUCAGAUUGAGCCCCAUCACGUUCAUAGUUCAACAUGAGGACAAACAUUCAAUGAAAGCCAUGAGAACGAAUGCACCGGGACUAAGAAAUAUUUUCAAGCGUUUUCUGUCCCACUUGUCCCAUGGUGGGAUAGAGAUGAAGAUACGACUGGUGAACAUGUCCGCCCCGUCCUAUGCCAAUCGAUGGUGUUUCUCAAACAAGUCUCAGUUGCACAAAACAAGUUCCAUUGAGAGCGUCGUAUAUGAGCUCAGUGAUGUGGAGGAACAAGAGGGGACAUAUUGUUCCCCCCGUACAGAAAUGUCCGAUCAGAGACAACCUCCUGAGAAUAAUCUCAACUCUCGGAAGCAUAAAGAGGAUGAAAUCGGCCAUGAAUUGUCACCAAUCAGCUCAAACCAGAAGAGUGAUCGAAAUCAGGUUACGGGGAAAUGUAAGGCUAGCUCAGAAGAACAUGGACUGGGGACAUUACACGCUUACAAGAAAGGGCUGCCAACAUAUGAAUCUGAGUACGAGGCGCCCUACAUUGAUGGUGACUCGUAUGGUGGAAGACUGAAGGAUGCCAAUGCUAUGGGGUGCUCUAAGACAAGUUCCAUUUCUCCUUCCGCGGACUACGAGAUGUUUUAUGCAAGCGCAAAGGAGGUACAGUGCGAAAAUCAGAUGAACGAAGAGAAUGGCCGCAACGUCGAUGUCACGAGGAAGGAAAGACUGACAGCCAGCGACUCGGCCCUAGGUUGGGCAGAUCGAGCAGAAGCAGAUGACAGGACUUGGAAGACAGACACUAGUUUCGGAAUGGGGGAAAAUCGUCACCAAAAAGACCUAUCUGAUAGGAAUUAUGUCAAUCUAAAGAGUUCUGAAACUAAAUCGAAGAAGGCUCCUCUUCAUAGUUACGACGCAUUAGCGGCCCAAAUUUUAAGUUUCGAUAUAACGGUAUCCAAAACAACUGCUGAAUCUGACGGCCAUGCGAUGAGUAUCCUGCAGCAGCUGAGGGAAGUUAUAGAGGAGGGCAGCGGUAACAGGUGGUCUGAUGUGGAGCACAUUCUCCAUGGUGAAAAUUCUGCUGUUCCAAAAACAGACAAGGGAACAGACACAUUGUUAUGUUUGGAUAACUCUGGUGACAUGGGGAGGCUUGGUUUGCAGAGGCUGCAGAGCAUUGCACACAGCUUCAUAGACGGUACCGAGAACAACGCCGAGGAAUUCGGUCUGGAAGAAAAUAUUUGCCUUCUCACUCUAGGAGGAAGGCCCGGGGUACUUCAUCACUUUUCAAAUGACUAUGAAAGCCUCAGGGAUGCAGUAGAGGAUAUGGAAUUCGGCGGAUACUCACCCUUUCUCCACUACAUGCUGGUCUGUGUAGCAGCUCUUACUAAAGGAGGUGUUUGUGAUUUCGGAGGGUAUCUGAAAGUUCCACCUCGCAUCGUGGUCGUGACAGAUGGAAUAACAUCUAACAAACUGGACCAAAUACAGGACACACAGGGAUUCCGUCACUUUAUGGCGACACUGAUGCAGAUGGUGAUGAACCCUAUAACGGGACGCGUUGUCAGCCCAAUCAUAUUUGUACCGCAUGGACUUGCAGAAAAGAAAAUGAUGCAGUCGACUGCUGAUGUGUGUAAUGGAAUGAUUGUUCAUGAUGUCAAGACAAUAUGCAACCACCAGAGAAUACAAAUCCUCGUUGCACAAAUCAUCAAAUUUGUAGAAAUGGACAGUACCAUGCGACUGACCAGAGUAAAGGACAUUGACCUCAUUGUUGACGCUGUUUGCCCGGAUCUGUCAAGUGCCGAAAAAACAGCUGUUAUACAGAAAGUCAACGAUAAUCUUGACAUGGAUUUUGGAGCUACGAACAUGUUUGACAACGUCAAUGUGAAGGAUGACCUCCCACCCCUUGGGAAAAGAGUGAUCCGAGGCCCAGACUGGCAGUGGAAGAACGAAGAUUGUGAGGGGACAGGGACAAUCGUCAACCAUGCCAUCAAGGGAGCGUACAUGUGGGUGCUAUGGGACAACGGACAAUGCCACUGGUACAGAUAUGGUGCAAACGAACAGUACGAUGUGUUACUCGUGGAUGACCAACCUCGCCUGCCAGAUGGAGUGGAACACAUCAGUAUAGGAAUGCAGGUACAGAGAGGGCCUGACAUGGAAGCGAGCAGCUGUGAUGGCCUGUUGGGGACUGUCAUAAGAAAAAUGGAAGGCAGAGUACUGGUCAUCUGGGAGAAUCAAAGCAUUUGCGAUUAUAGAUAUGGGGAAAACGACAAAUACGAUGUUUUAAUCAGGGUUCCCUUGCAGUAUGUAGCGACCCCAAGACAAAACGCAUCAGAUGCAGACGCAACACUCAGACCAUCACAUGAAGACCAAGGCGCAUACGAGUGGCAGUGGUUUGAUGAGAUCCAGUGUGUAUGGCGUCCUUAUUCCGAAGUCACUGAUGCCAAAUUAAAGGCAUCUUACAUGAAGAGGCCAAAUGGGUCAUGUAUUGUCGAGAGAGAUGGAAGAAGUUUCAGAGUCUCCUUUACGAAGUUAACCGAGAAGUCUAUGGAUAAGGGUACUACAACAGUCGUUCGGAAAUGUUUUGUUUGAUCAGAAGAUUGGGGUAGCAUACAGAAGCAAGGAUGCGGUGCUUUGAGGAUAGCUGUUUCAUAAAGCAUGUUUCUGCUUAUUAUUAGGACAUCAUUUUUGAGAGUGCCAUGUAGCAAACAUUGAAUUCUAUGCACGCGACCACAGAUAUACUUGGAAACGUGUUUGCCAGUGAUAUGAGGCCUCAAUGUACAAGCAAUCUAUGUCUAUUCAUGUGGGAUUAUUUUGUUUGUAUUUCAAGGAAAUGAUGGCACCUCCAUCUAGUCUUCUGGAAUCAGCAGCACUGAUUUGUUGAUUGUCAACAUGAAUGUGCUGUUGCGAUCAUCUUCAACAUUUACCGAGAUAGAUGUGACCACACUAUCCCAUGUACUGUGAAUACAAGCAAUAAAUUCAGAAUGCUGGACAACUCUGUCCUGUUUAUCUGAGCAUUGUCUAUCUGUCUGUAUUAUGUCUACAUUGUAUGUAAAGGUAUAUCAGUAUUUUUUUCAUGUGAAAAAGAAUUCAGAAUUCAGAACAGUUAGAUACAGACCAUGAGGACCCCGGAGCUGUGAAACAUUGAUGGAUAUGUCAGUGUGGGGAUGGUCGCAACAUUUGACUUUAUUUGUUGAUGAUAUGAAUAUGUCACAUGUAUGAAAGUCAAGAAUACAUUGACAAUGAGACAAACAAGCGUCAUGUAACAGUUGAAAAAGACGAGUGUGACUGUUUCUCAAUGAAGUUUACAUCAUCAUGUAUGUCCUUACUGGCAUCUAAUAAGAUGAUUUGGGUGUUUCAUAUCACUCAAAAACGAUGUCACCAUGACCAAUAUUCAUGUGUACAUGAUCUGAAUUGUAAAUGUGUAAAUAAAUUUCGUAUUGUUUGUA